UCCCGCUCACCAAAUCCGUAUUUUUUUUGUCACCAUUUUCUUCCAAAAAGUUUCUGUCCUAACAAAAAACCAGAAAAACCCUAAAACCCAAAAAACAAAAAAACAAAAAAAAAUUAUUUCUUUUGGAAACUAAUUCAAUUGGGUAUUUUAAUUUGUUCACUUUUCAUUUUCUCCAGUUGAGUCUUCUUAACCUGUUUAGGUGGCUGUUCAGUUUUUAAUUUAGUUCAUGGGUGAAUUGUCAUUUUGUUCUGCAUUGGGACGUUGAGUUUUGGUGGUGCGGUUUCGCCGAAAGUGAUGGAAAUGCAAGAAGUUUUGGAGUGUUCAACUGACAUGGAUGGUAGUGUGAGUAAUUGUAAUGGUGGUAUAGAGAAGCAUAAUGGAAAUAUUGAGGAGAUGGAGACUCUUGGAGAGGAUAUCCUUCAUGAUUGGGAUUCGUACUGGGAUGAUAUUGGAGAUCGGUUGACUGUAUCUAGAAUGGUGAGUGAUUCGGUAAUUAAAGGGAUGAUUUGCGCCGUUGAGGAGGAGGCGGCGGAGAAGAUUGCUCAGAAGGAAUUAGAGUUGGCUAGGUUGAAAGAAACGUUGCGUGUUUACCGUGUGGGCGCAUAUGGUGAUGAACUCAUGGGAUGUUCAUCUUUGUGCAAAGAACCGAAACUUAGAGGAAAAUGGCGUGCUGCUGAAGAGCAGUUUAAGAGUCUGAAGAAAGAAAUCAACAAGAUCAAAGGGUCUGAAAUUGAUAAGAUGAAAUGUUCUGAAAUCAACAAAUUUAAAAGCCCUAGUUCUAUUAGAAGGAUUGGUUCGGGUUCUCAGUUGUAUGGAUUGAGUGGCAUUCUACAGGAAAACAUGCCUGGCAAGUGGAUGGAUGUGGAGAGAACCCUUGAUGGUCUUAGAACUGCUAUGCAGUGUAUCUAUGACCAGACGGAGGAGAUGGUUUGUUUGUCUAAGUCAUCGCUUUCUGACUGGCUGCAGGAGAGGGAUUUUGAAGCAGAAAUUCAAAGGAUGGUGUUGAAGAGUUCAAUCCAUAGUCUUCAAGAAGAGUUUGAACAAAGAUUCUGGGGUCAAAAUGCUCAAACUUAUGGUGAAGAAAAUGCAAAUUGGCUUGAAAAGAUGAAGGAGGUUUCUAGUUUACGUCAGGAAUUAGUUUCCGUCUCUAACUUUCUGUCUGUUCCUGAAAGUGGGCAGUUGAUUUCACAUGGGUCCUUGGAGCACCGGAAAGCUUCAAGUAAUCAUGUUUCCUCAACUUCACUUUGGGAGGGAAAUGGCAAACAUGACGAAUCACUAGUUGUUCCGGAAAAUUUGGAUCAUGCACAACUAAAUCACUUUACAGUUGAUGAAUUAUUUAAUCAUUUGAAAGCCGAGAUGACAAAAAUGAAGAGGCACUAUGAAUCGAAAGAGCAUGAAAUGAUAGAAGAAUAUUUCAGCCUCAAGAGGGAGUACUUGAAUCUGAAGGAAAGGGGUUCUUCUUUGCCAGCAAGGAAGGAAAAGGAGCUUGAUAAUCUGAGAAAAAAGAUUCCGGAGGUCAUUUUAAAGUUGGAUAGCAUCCUUACAGAAAAUGAGAAACGUCCAUCAUUUAGUUACAAUGGAGAUUGCUUUGACAAUUUGAAGAAUAGGCUAGAAUCUACGCGUUUGGAGAAUAGCCAACUAAGGGACUUGCUAACAGAUAAGGAAAAAGAGAUUAAAAGCCUUUCUUGGCAAGUUUCUGAUGCUGGAGCUAAAGUACUAGAACACUCUGUGGCUGAGGAAAAUUUGUCAAAAAUGCUUGAAAAUCUUAAAGGCAGAAUGGAUGAUGCACAGCUUGAAUCUUCAUUCAGUGAUGACCUUUAUAAAUUCCUUCUUAAGGAAGUCGUUGGACAGGUAAAAGGCUUUAGUGAAGAAUUAGAAAUUGAGUAUGAUAUCAUGCAGGGGUUUUACGAAAUUAUGUUGAAAGAAGCUGCUGAAAAUGCCGAGCCUCAUAGUGAGAUGAAGUUUGACGAUUCAGUACUAGAAUCUAUUAUUAUGCGAGAGAUAUGUGAAGUUGUUUUUAGAGAAGCUCUUAAGGAAGCUGAAGAGAAAGUUGUUACCUGGAACCUGAAAUAUAUGAGUGAAAAGGGAACUCGAGAGUCCCUUGAGUUUGCUAUACUGGAGAAUGAACAAUCGUUGAGAUUGUGUGCCUCAGAGAAAGAAAAAUUGGAGCAAGAGAUGCUCUUACUAAGGGCAAUGAUUGACGACAAGAACAAUAUGGUGCUGGAAGCAACAAUGGCAUUGACAGAAGAAAGGGAAAAAUAUGAGUCGACUUCUCAAGAGCUUGAAAAUUUAAGGGUUCAGACAAUUCAUCAAGAUAAAUUAAUUUCAAACUAUGAUGGUAAAUUACAGAUUGUCAGAGGUGAUUUGGACAAGGCAAUGGAGAAAAUUAAAAUGCAUAAAGAGGAAACUUCUAAGUUGAGAGAGCAGCUUGAAAUAGAAUUACAAAAGUUAAGAGAAGUUGUUGAGGAGAAAAAUGCGCUUACCCGAGAGCAUCAGAACACUCUACAAUUGGUUGAGGCAAGAGAAAGAGAACAUAGGAAGCAGACAAAUUCAACAUUUAUUCUUGUCCAAGGAUUGUCAAAAGCUCUUAGCGAUUUUGAAUACAGGGCAAACGAAGACAUGGAAAUAAAUAGUUUGAGGUUGAAAAAAGUAAGCUCUCAGCUGUGGUCUCUCAUACGGAAAGCCAACAAUCUUAGGAGGACAGGGUUGCUUUAUAAGGAGAAGCUUGAAAGGAAGUCGUCUGAUCUUCAAAAGGCUGAAGCUGAGGUUGAUCUUUUAGGGAACGAGGUGGAUACUCUUCUAAGCCUUCUUGAAAAGAUAUACAUAGCACUCGAUCAUUAUUCUCCAAUAUUGCAGCAUUAUCCCGGAAUUAUGGAAAUUCUGAAGUUGGUCAGAAGAGAGUUGAGUGGAGAAUCGGUUAAACCGGUUUGAUAUGUUUUAAAUUCUUGAAUAUUAUAUCAAGUCGUUUUUGUGGAAGGUUUUUUCUAUGCAACUCAAUGACACCUGACGACUACUGAUGCAUCAAGUUUUUGCGAAUUCUAGUCAAAGAACAAGUUCCUUUUUAGAUAUUUAGUCGUAUCCACAAAUUUGCACAAAAAGAGAGAAACGAUACGGGCACAACAUUUAGGAUAAAUUUUUUGUUUCGGUUUAGAUAUGUAUAAAAAAGUCCUAUGUUGGUAGUUUUGGAGCGUCAAGUGUCUGGAUGAAACACAAGUGUUAGCUUUCUUAAAUUUCUUUCUUUGGGUCCAAGCUGUCUAUACAGGUAAGUAUAAGCUUUCUCCUUUUCUUUAUGCAUAGCAUAGCAUGCAAUGUAUAGUUGUUCCUUCAAAUGUCUAUUAAAGAAAAAUAUUGUUACAUAGCAGGAAAUAGUUUGUAUUUUCAGUAACUA